AUGCUCAUUAAAAUUUCGCAACAAACCAAUUUACAGGUGCUAUCGUUGGGGGCCGACGUCUUGCCGGAAUACAAGUUACAACCAACAAGGAUCCAUCACUGUACGAUCGUUCAUUAUUCGCCAUUUAAAGCAGUAUGGGAUUGGAUUAUACUGCUCUUGGUCAUCUAUACUGCCAUUUUUACGCCUUAUGUUGCCGCCUUUUUGCUCCGAGAGGAUAGCACUCGAAAAACUCGCUUCUCGGAACCAUUGGAGAUUAUUGAUUUAUUUGUCGAUAUAAUGUUCAUUGUGGAUAUUAUCAUAAACUUCAGGACAACCUAUGUGAAUGAGAAUGAUGAGGUUGUCUCUCAUCCAGGAAAAAUUGCCAUUCACUAUUUUAAAGGUUGGUUUAUCAUCGAUAUGAUUGCCGCAGUACCAUUCGAUUUAUUACUCGUCAAUACAAACAGUGAUGAGACAACAACGCUGAUUGGUCUGUUAAAGACGGCACGCUUGUUGCGAUUGGUACGAGUGGCAAGGAAGUUGGACAGGUAUUCGGAGUACGGUGCUGCGGUGCUAGUUUUACUUAUGGCUGUUUUUGCCUUAAUAGCACAUUGGCUGGGAUGUCUUUGGUACGCUAUUGGUAGUAUGGAAUUACCACAUAAAGAAUUCACUUGGUUGCAUCAACUUGGUCUGUUUUAUUCUGUGGCUAUAGCUCAUAUUCGUAUUGAUCAUAAUUUCUUAUUAGAUGCAAGGCAUUUAAAUGAGCCGUAUGUAGCCACAAACGGCAGUACGCCAACGGGUGGUCCAUCGCUGAGGUCGAGAUAUGUGACAUCGUUGUAUUUCACACUAUCGACCAUCACUUCUAUUGGUUUUGGUAACGUUUCUGCCACGACUGAUCUCGAGAAAAUUUUUACUAUUAUUAUGAUGAUUCUUGGAUCGUUGAUGUAUGCAUCUGUGUUUGGUAAUGUGUCAGCAAUAAUUCAACGAUUGUACAGCGGUACGGCCAGGUACCACACGGAAAUGUCACGAUUGCGUGAAUUUAUUCGCUUUCAUCAAAUACCGAAUCCUUUGAGACAACGACUCGAGGAGUAUUUCCAGCAUGCUUGGUCAUACACUAAUGGCAUCGACAUGAAUCUUGCAAGUUUCUCGUCCGCUUCAUUACUUAUAAGUAUUGAUAGCCCUAUCAUUAAUCGCUCUAGUAUCAGUGCGCAUUUAUUACAUUACAUUAUUUUAUUACCAUUGUAUUAUGAUGUUUUGCAGGUACUAAAAGGAUUUCCUGACUGCCUUCAGGCUGAUAUUUGUCUUCACCUUAACCGCAAUUUGCUCAAUAAUUGUCCUGCAUUUGCUAGCUCAACGCCUGGAUGCCUACGUGCGCUUAGUAUGAGGUUUCGUACCACUCAUGCUCCACCAGGAGAUACAUUAGUACAUCGUGGUGACGUUCUUACCGGCUUACAUUUUAUUGCGAGGGGAUCGGUCGAGAUAUUAAAGGAUGAUAUGGUGAUGGGAAUUCUCGGUAAAGAUGACAUAUUUGGUGAGAAUCCACUGUUGUAUGAUGACGUCGGUAAAUCAUCGUGUAAUGUUCGCGCACUCACCUAUUGUGAUUUACACAAGAUAUUACGUGAUGAUCUACUGGAUGUGCUCGAUAUGUAUCCUGAAUUCGCUGAAAAUUUUUGUAAAAAUCUUGUGAUCACCUAUAACCUCAGAGAUGAAUCACAGUCCACUCGGAAACGUUUCGAUAGACAUAAACUGUUACGUAUGUCUUCAUCAGUAAACAAGGACAAGUUACAAUCAUCGCAAAGCGAACGAGAAACUUCGUUGGUGGGUCGACACGUGCGUUAUUCAGAAAAUGCUCCAUUGUUAAGGCGGGAGGGAAAUAACGAGGAAGAAUUUUAUCAGAAUCCGCUGUUAUUGAGACAUCCAAUCUGUAUUUUGCCGUUAUGCACAAGUUUUUCAGCGAGUAGAAAAGAUGAAGAUGAGAAAUAUGAGAUAUUGGAAAGGAGGCUGGGCGAUAUUGAAAGUCACUUGGAAAAGAUGGAAAAUAAGAUCAACAGUAAUUUGGAGCAUAUUCUAAGGGUGUUACUCGCUAACGGUGCACAAGUAAACCCGUCAAACCGGUCAGUCAACGCCAUACACGAUACCUCUAAUAGGAUGACGACCUUAUCGUCUCUUAAUGCCUCAGGAACUCAACAUUUUAGGGUAACAUCUUGA